CACCUGCCUCCCAAUGGCGCUCUUCACUAGAGUCAACAGCUAUUUCAACACUACUACCUCUGUCACACAUGGGCAAGAGAACUCAACAGAGCCUGGUCUGCCACACUCCCAUGCCUACUACGCCCUCUGUUAUUGCACCCUGAUUUUGGCCAUCAUCUUUGGGAACGUGCUGGUCUGCCUGGCGGUGCUAAGAGAACGCACCUUGCAGACCACAACGAAUUACCUGGUGGUGAGCCUGGCCGUGGCAGACUUGCUGGUGGCCACACUGGUGAUGCCGUGGGUGGUAUACCUGGAGGUGACUGGAGGAGUCUGGAAUUUCAGCCGUUUCUGCUGCGACAUCUUUGUCACUAUGGAUGUGAUGAUGUGCACAGCCAGCAUUUUAAACCUCUGUGCUAUCAGCAUUGACAGGUACACAGCAGUGGCGAUGCCAGUUCAGUAUCAGUAUGGCACAGGGAAGAGCUCCUGCAGGAGGGUUUCCAUUAUGAUCGUGAUGGUCUGGAUGUUGGCAUUUGCUGUGUCCUGCCCCCUCCUGUUCGGCUUCAAUACCACAGGGGAUCCUAGUGUCUGUUCCAUAUCCAACCCUGAUUUUGUCAUCUAUUCUUCGGUGGUAUCCUUCUACCUUCCCUUCGUGGUCACCUUGCUGCUUUAUGUCCGGAUUUAUUUUGUGCUGAAGCAGAGACAGAGGAAACGAAGCCUCUCCAGGCAGGGCAGCCAUAGCAUCAGCAUCAAAGCCUGUUACACACAGAAAGAGCACAAAGAGAAGGAAACUUUGCACCAUGGGCACCAAGACCCCCUCUCAUCCCGUCUGCAGCUAAAAUCCACAAUCCAAGAGCUUUCCCCUGAAAAGAAGCUGCUGACCCCCUCUGACCUGCAGCCGUACUGCUGCUUCUGCCACCAAGCUUCCUUCCCCAGGACCGGGACCAAUGGAAAUGAGCUAAAAGAGAGGAGAAGCAGGGAACAGGACUUGGAGGUGCAUAAACUCAGCAAUGGCAAAACCUUGACCUCUUUGAAGCUAAUGCACCAGCAGCCCCGGACAGUACAGCUGAGAGAGAGGAAGGCCACACAAAUGCUGGCUAUCGUUCUGGGGACAUUCAUAGUCUGCUGGCUGCCAUUCUUCAUGAGCCACAUCCUGAACACCCACUGCCAGGCUUGUCACAUAACCCCAGAGCUCUACAGUGCCACCACAUGGCUUGGUUAUGUAAACAGCGCUCUCAACCCCAUCAUCUACACGACCUUUAACACUGAGUUCCGCAAAGCUUUCCUCAAGAUCUUGUGCUGCUGACAGCGGGGGUGGAAGGACAAAGGCUUGAUUUAAUAGUAACCCCAGGAGGGUGUUGCAGGCAGAAGCCUACUGAGAUAGUUCCAUAGUGAGAGGCCACAUGGAUAGAUGCUCUCAGCCAUCAACGGGGAGAAAGCUCAGGAUUUUCUGUCCCACAAGUCCCAAACGCUUCAGCUAAAGAAGAAUCUCCAUUGGCUGUUGUCCUAUCAGGGUUUCUAUUCCCCUGCAAGCUGUAGCCAUUAGAGCACAGCCUGACCCCACACAGUUCAGCAGGUCAGGUGCUCUGGCUCUGGAGUGCAGAGUACAUACACUGCCCAGUGCAAAACAAAUGGGAGCGGGCCAAGUUUGGCUGGCUUCAUUCACCGAAUCACAAAGCUCCCACUUGGAUUCCCUUAAAUGCUUAAGGUUUCCUCAAAAGCACAGCUAAAGAUUCUGGGGAGGUGCAGAGCCGAAGAAGCAGCACACACCUCAGUGGCUCUCCAAUUCAAACACAAGCACACACUGGAACAUUAAUCACAACAUUGUAUCCUCAUUAAGAGUUCUCAGGCAUCUCUAGCCUUUAGGAAUACAGCAGACAUAUGGGAGUCUUAGGGUCUGUCUACACUGUGAUGGGAGGUGUAAUUCCAGCACAUGUAAACGUACCCAAACUAGCUUUAAUCUACAGUUUAUCUACACGCACAUUUCAUUUGCAGCAGAUAGGGUUCGACUCUAUCUCACACAAGCCAUGGGCUAACUGUACAUGGGGACCCUGCUGAUGAGCUUGGAUUAGAUCAAAGCAUAUUAAUGAAUUAUUAAUGCAUGUCAGCAGGAUCCACAUAGUCAGUUUGUCUAUGGCAGGCUAGCACGAGGUAGAUUCACAGCCCAGCUUGCCACAAACAGAAUGUUUGUGUAGACGAGCUCCUAGCUAACAUGAGUACCAACAGUAGUGAAGUUGUGGCCAUAUGAACCUAAGUAUGCACUGGCUGCACAAGUAAGUACCCAGGGUCCUGCGUGGGCUUGUACAACCUGCACUGAAUCUGGUGUUACUGUGGCUAGCUAGAUUAAAGCUCAUCUGGGUCUGUCUACAUGUGCUGCACUCACACCUCUGACUGCAGUGUAGGCAUACCUUUAGCCUCCUUGCAUAUGCUUUAAGAAGUUACUCAUCCUUUCGUUGCUGAUUUCUCUCACCGUGGAAAGCAUAUUGCUAAUAGUGGGUGUGUUUGUACUGUCUUCUUCAUGAGAUGUCAGGAAUGUGCCCACUCGGGUGUAUAAGAACAAGAGAGAAAUUGCUCCCCACAAAUCUACUGAUGAGACUAAGUAAGUGAGCUAGUAAAUAAUGUACAGAGGAACAAGUCCCCUGUUGUCUCCAUCGAGAGGUUGCCCUCUACAAUCAGUUCAGUUUCAGUAGUUAAAAGACCACAAUCCAAGCACUCAGAUAGUACAGAGCAGUGUAGUAUGAAAACCUAGACAGGGUGGAUAGAAUAAGCCAUUAAACCAGAUCAGGGGCCAAAUCCUUUGCUGGUGUAAAACAGCCUAGCUCCACUGAAGUCACUAGCGCUAUGCCCAUCUACAUCAGCUGAGGAUCUGGUUCUAAGACCUGCCUGUAGGUUUCAACACUUAGGUUGUUCUUUCACUCCUAGCAGUGAUAUCAUUCACUUCACACAGCCUCUUUGCUGCUGGUACCUUGUUGUUGUUUGUUAAAUAUAAACUCAUGUGACUGUGCCUAAAAUUAAGUAAUUUUAGAAUCAGUUUUGAUGAUGCCAGCAUAAUCUAGCUUGCAUACAGAGUCUGUUGUGUUGAUACUUCAAGCAGGAGGAGUUGCUGCUCACUUGGUGAGAUUUGUAUUAGUCAUUUAGAUUGUGUCAGCAGAAGCUCACCAGGUUGCCAUAUGUAUAGUGUUGCCUUUCCUCCUAACCCAAGAAUCAGCAACAAAUUGACAACUAAGAUCUACUGUAUAUGCUGUCAUCUCUUAGGGCCAUUAAACAAGUGGUAUUGGUUGUGAUUCCACUAUAAUAUGGGUGACAGCCACAUAUUUCUGUCUUCUGCCAUGAGUGGUCUUCUUGCUGCCUAGCUGUUAUAAAGAACCAAUAGCUAGAAAGAGACACAGGUGCAGGGAGGUGACCACUAUGGAAGGAUUUCUCUUACUGGUCUCUGACCUCUUUGACUGCUCUAUUCACACUGCUGUCCCUCACAACACAGCUUGAGUAAGGGCUUAGCUUUGUUUUUACUGAUGUUAUAAUCUUCAAGUGCACACAGCUAUGGCAACUGCUCCGUAGUGUCCCUCAUGGUAGGGAAGA